GGGAGGGCGGGAUGCAGGAUCCGAAUACGAAACAAGCUUGUUUUCACGUCCCCAGCCACCUCUGCCUUUUCAAUGUUGUCUACGUCUGCUUGUACCAGUACCUACUCACAGAGUGGCGCGAACCUAAGUUGGGGAGAAAGUGCUCUCAUUAAUGUGGAUCAAAGUUAAGGACUGCAAACGCCGUGUGUUUGUAGCUUUUGUAGCUGGUCUAUCUACAUCAACGACGUGCAUCCACCAGCCUUGAGCGCGAAAUGGCACCCCGAUCCACGCGAAGAGCCACGGCGUCCGCUGCAAACGAAGGCGCAAAUCUCAAAUCCGAGGUGCCGGAAGCAAAGCCGCAAGUCGAAGGUGGUGAGGACGUCGAUAUGUCUUCUAAGGAGAAUGCAUCUACUACAGAGCGGCCUGAAAAAUCUACCACGACCGCCACUCUUCCCCCCAGCCUCAACCUAGGCUCUUCCACCAUCAAAUUCGCGCCAUUCACAAUCUCCAGCGCCGCUCCCGGCAAGUCGGGGAAAUCAAGCAAAGAAACAUCAUGUCUGCGAAGUCACCGAGCCCCUCACUCUACUUCACUGAUAUUUACUCACGGCGCGGGAGGGGACCUCUCAGCCGCCGCCAUGGUGAAUUUCUCACAAGGAUUCGCAUCGACGGGAUCCGCCAUCGUCAUGUUCCCGGGAAACAUGAACGUAAAGGCCAGGGCGGGACUGUUUGGGGUUGUCAGAGCAUACGAGGUGGAGAACGGAUCACUCGCGGGGCCUGGAGGCGGCGGCGACGAUCCUUCAAGUGACGGCCCCAAGGGCAAAGGAUCCGGAGGUGCAAUGGGACAAGGUGACGCUGCGGGGAAGAAGAGAAAGAUCGAGGCGCAGAAUGCCCCUCUGGCCUACGGUGGUCGAAGCAUGGGCGCGCGCGCUGCCGUUAUCGCAUCCCACACGGACAGCGAGGUCAGAGCAUUGGUGCUGGCCUCAUAUCCCCUCGUGGGACCGAGCGGCGACAUACGGGACAAGAUUCUCCUGGAUGUCCAAGAAGAUGUGGACGUGCUCUUCAUUUCUGGGGACAACGACAACAUGUGCCCACUCGAGAGACUCCAGGCUGUUAGGGAGAAGAUGAAGGCGAGGACAUGGAGAAUGGUCGUAAAGGGCGCGGAUCACGGCAUGAAUAUCCGUGGAGGAAAGAAGCUGAAGGAAGGGACAGAGAGGCUGGGGAAAGAAUGCGGUCGGGUGGCAGCGGAGUGGUUGCGGGAGAGGGAUCCAGACUGCAGAGAGAUGGAGGUGCGCUGGGACGGCGAGACGGGCAGGGUGCUUGGGAAAACCUGGGCCGAUUCCGAGACAGGAACGACGCAGGGCGCACGAAAGACUGCAAAGAAGGAGGCUGCUCAGGGAGUGGAGGAAGAAGAGAGUGAUGAGGCUCAGCGAGUCGGGACCAAGAGAAAGAGGACAAAGAAAUGAGUCUCCAUUUGGUAACCAACAAAGGACCUUGAAAGGGGCACAAACCACUGUCCAAAUAUGCUGAGCACUCAACAGCACCGAGGGAUAUCUACGCUUUGGUAGAUACUUGUCGUUGAAGCCA